CAGUUCGCAUUCAAUAAGCAACGAGAGCAGUUCUCGAAAGGAAUAUAUCAGUUUCAAAAGCAAUCAAAGGAUUUUAACAAAAACCUGCAAAAUGUCGCCACCACAUCACGAAGAUCGUCUGUUUGGAAUCCAUUUCGGCCUGAACUUGGGCGGUCAUGGCCAUCACCACCACCAUCACCACCCGCCGCCGCCUCCACCACCGGUGCACCAUCACCACCACCACGGACCUCCGCCGCACCACCACGGACCUCCCCCGCACCACCACCAUCACUAUGGACCUCCGCCGCCGCCGCCCCACUACGAUCAUCAUCAUCACCACGGCGGCCACUUUGAUCAUCAUCAUGGUCCGCACGGACAUCAUCAUCAUCACUGUUAACCCAGUGACCAAAAAAGUCUAUCAGAAAUCAAAUCUGAGUGGGCAUCCGCACUAGUGGAAAGUUUGUGAAAAUAUUUAUAAACGAAUUUAAUUUAUUACAUCAGUACACAUGUAUAAAAACUAAAAAAAAAGAUAACAAAACCAACUAAAAAUAAAAAAAAUAUUAAUUAUUAAAGCCUAUAGAAAAUAUUGUUGUUUUAAAAAAUAUUAAUUUCUGCAAAGAGUUGAAUAAUAUGAUUGUCGCAUUCUUAUUUCAAUUGAUUGUGGUUAUUUAUCAUUAUUGUUCUUUGUAAAACUCUGUUCCUACAAAGUGAUUAAUACAUUUAGAUAAAAAGUCAUACCUAAAAAUAUUUGAAAUAUAUUAUUACUCAGUCUACGUAAA